AUGUUCGGUGUGUUUUGUGUACGUUCAGUCAUUGUAUUAAUUACUGUACCCUCAUUUAUUCUGUGUUCACUUCCUUUUAUUCAGUGUUUAAUUACAGCAAUUCUUUACUUUCAAUCCCUACAUUUCUUUAUACCUCAUAUUUCCAUUGUUUUUGUUUUGGCUUUUAUUCAGGGUGGUAUUAGCGGUAUCUCUUAUGGAGGUACAUUAGACAGAAUACAUAAGAAGUCUGAAUUGAAAGCUCGAGAGUUUAAUAUGGCAGUUGUUGCAACAAGCGAUACUACUGGUAUUUGUUUGGCAGGAUUUGCUUCAAUUUUUAUACACAACUAUAUUUGCAGCCGUUAUUUAAAUUCAUACCCAUAA